GUGUGUGCCUGUGUGUGUGUCCGAGAGUAAGAGAAAGAAGUGAGUAGGGAUGUAAACUCGAAUCAAUUUCAAAGUGCCUCCGAUGGAUGAACCGGGCAAACCCUGAACUGUUCUGGCUUCAGAUUGUAACUGGCGGUCUGAGGGAAAAAUGAGGUGCUGGGUGAAUUUUCGUUUGUGCUCAUUAUUAUUUUUUCGAGGCGGGGAGGUGUUGUUUUUUUCUUUUCUGGGGUGGGGGUGCGUCCCCGGCUGCCCGACCCCGAGCGCGCCGCGUCUCCCCGCCGGAGCCCCCCCACCCAUUUCUUUGCUGAACUUGCAAUUCCGUGCGCCUCGCCGUGUCCCCCCUCCCCCCUUCCCUCGUCCCCUCCCCUCCCCGGAGAAGAGAGUUGGUGUUAAGAGUCAGGGAUCUUGGCUGUGUGUCUGCGGAUCGGCGACGGCGGCGGCGGCGGCGGGGAAGCCGGAACGGGCGCGGGCGCCGGCCGUGCUGGAGGCGGUGGCGGCGGAGGCAGGGGGAUAGACAUGACCGCCGCCUGGGCGCGGGCGCUGCACCCGGAGCCCCUUGUCGCGCGCGGGCGGUUUGUGUGAUUUUGCUAAAAUGCAUCACCAACAGCGAAUGGCUGCCUUAGGGACGGACAAAGAGCUGAGUGAUUUACUGGAUUUCAGUGCGAUGUUUUCACCUCCUGUGAGCAGUGGGAAAAAUGGACCAACUUCUUUGGCGAGUGGACAUUUUACUGGCUCAAAUGUAGAAGACAGAAGUAGCUCAGGGUCCUGGGGGAAUGGAGGCCAUCCAAGCCCGUCCAGGAACUAUGGAGAUGGGACUCCCUAUGACCACAUGACCAGCAGGGAUCUUGGGUCACACGACAAUCUCUCUCCACCCUUUGUCAAUUCCAGAAUACAAAGUAAAACUGAAAGGGGUUCAUAUUCAUCUUAUGGGAGAGAAAACUUACAGGGUUGCCACCAGCAGAGUCUCCUUGGAGGGGACAUGGAUAUGGGCAAUCCAGGAACCCUUUCGCCCACCAAGCCUGGCUCCCAGUACUACCAGUAUUCCAGCAAUAACCCCCGAAGGAGGCCUCUCCACAGUAGUGCCAUGGAGGUACAGACAAAGAAAGUCCGAAAAGUUCCUCCAGGUUUGCCCUCUUCAGUCUAUGCUCCUUCAGCAAGCACUGCCGACUACAAUAGGGACUCGCCAGGCUACCCCUCCUCCAAACCAGCAGCCAGCACUUUCCCUAGCUCCUUCUUCAUGCAAGAUGGCCAUCACAGCAGUGACCCUUGGAGCUCCUCCAGUGGGAUGAAUCAGCCUGGCUAUGGAGGAAUGUUGGGCAAUUCUUCUCAUAUUCCGCAGUCUAGCAACUACUGUAGCCUGCAUCCACAUGAACGAUUGAGCUACCCAUCACACUCCUCUGCAGACAUCAACUCCAGUCUUCCUCCGAUGUCCACGUUCCAUCGCAGUGGCCCAAACCAUUACAGCACCUCUUCCUGCACACCUCCUGCCAACGGGACAGACAGUAUAAUGGCAAAUAGAGGAAGUGGGGCAGCAGGCAGCUCCCAGACUGGAGAUGCUCUGGGGAAAGCACUUGCUUCGAUCUAUUCUCCAGACCACACUAACAACAGCUUUUCAUCCAACCCUUCAACUCCUGUUGGCUCACCUCCUUCUCUCUCAGCAGGCACAGCUGUUUGGUCUAGAAAUGGAGGACAGGCAUCAUCAUCUCCCAAUUAUGAAGGACCCUUGCACUCUUUGCAAAGCCGAAUUGAAGAUCGCUUAGAAAGACUGGAUGAUGCAAUUCACGUUCUCCGGAAUCAUGCAGUGGGCCCAUCCACAGCUGUGCCUGGUGGCCAUGGGGACAUGCAUGGAAUCAUUGGACCCUCUCAUAAUGGCGCAAUGGGUGGUCUGGGCUCAGGGUAUGGAACCGGCCUUCUUUCAGCCAACAGACAUUCACUUAUGGUUGGGGCCCAUCGUGAAGAUGGUGUGGCUCUGAGAGGCAGCCAUUCUAUUCUGCCAAACCAGGUUCCAGUUCCACAGCUUCCUGUCCAGUCUGCAACUUCUCCUGACUUGAACCCACCCCAGGACCCUUACAGAGGCAUGCCACCAGGACUCCAGGGGCAGAGUGUGUCCUCCGGCAGCUCUGAGAUCAAAUCCGAUGAUGAAGGCGAUGAGAACCUGCAGGACACAAAAUCUGAGGACAAGAAAUUAGAUGACGACAAGAAGGAUAUCAAAUCAAUUACUAGCAAUAACGAUGAUGAGGACCUGACCCCAGAGCAGAAGGCUGAACGGGAGAAGGAACGGAGGAUGGCCAACAAUGCUCGUGAGCGCCUGCGGGUCCGUGAUAUCAACGAGGCUUUUAAGGAGCUGGGCCGCAUGGUACAGCUCCACCUCAAGAGUGACAAGCCCCAGACCAAGCUCCUGAUCCUCCACCAGGCUGUGGCAGUCAUCCUCAGCCUGGAGCAGCAAGUGCGAGAAAGGAAUCUGAACCCGAAAGCUGCGUGUCUGAAAAGAAGGGAGGAAGAAAAGGUGUCCUCGGAGCCUCCCCCGCUCUCCCUGGCUGGCCCGCACCCGGGGAUGGGAGACGCAUCAAAUCACAUGGGACAAAUGUGAAAGGGUCCAAGUUACCACCUUGCUUCAUUAAAACAAGAGACCACUUCCUUAACGGCUGUAUUAUCUUAAACCCACAUAAACACUGCUCCUUAACCCCUUUUUUUGUAAUAUAAGACAAGUCUGAGUAGUUAUGAAUCGCAGACGCAAGAGGUUUCAGCAUUCCCAAUUAUCAAAAAACAGAAAAGGAAACAAAAAAAGAAAGACAAAAAGUGCAACUUGAGGGACGACUUUCUUUAACAUAUCAUUCAGAAUGUGCGAAGCAGGAUGUACAGGCUGAGACACGGCCCAGAGACUGAAUGGCAAUCUCUCCACACUGUGGAACAAUGCAUUUGUGCCUAAACUUCUUUUGGAAAAAAAAAAUAUAAUUAAUUUGUAAGUCUGAAAAAAAUAUUUAAUUUAAAAAAUUGUAAACUUGCAAUAAUGAAAAAGUGUACUUCUGAAGAAAACUACAUGAACGUUUUUGUUGGUAUUCAAGUCAGCUAGUGUUUAUAAUUACUGGAUAUUGAAUAGGGGAAGCUCGGCUGC